AUUUCUUGAUUAAUUAUUUUCCAUGACCUCCGACCUUGACUCCGUGUUUUUGUUUCUUUAAAAUCCUUACAUUCACCACCUUAUUUUCUUUAUACAAAUGGACGGACCUCCAUCGCUUACUUCGGUGGUGGUGAGACCUGACUCAUCGUUUGAGGAUAUAGAUCAGCCCAUCGAGAUCCAUGAUGAUGGUGUUCAAGCGGUCUCCAUUGGAGCUAUGGCGCGGGUCCAAAGAUCACAAGAUCAGCUCACCCACACCUCUUAUAACAGCAACAACCAAGCGCCCUCUAUGGGGAUUAUGGUACACGGUAGAGGUGAUUCUCAACCCGCCGGUGAUUAUAUGAGUUACAAUGCACCACCUUCACACACUGAUGUAGCUCGCCAUGGUCAUAAAUCUCAUGAAGGUUUGAAGGAUGAAAUCAGAUUCGAGUUUAAACUUAAGGAACCCCGGAAUUUGCAGGAAACAAUCAGGCUACUCUUGAAUGAAGAGAAGCACCAUAGACAAAUGGGCAGUCCAUCUUUGACCCAGCUACCUUCCACUAAUGCUACUGGCCUCUUAGGUCCAAAUCCCGCUCCUCCGUUAGCCCUUCCAGCCCCUAAUCCGAUCAGGCGACUCUCAAGUGCUGAGUUACGAGACCGGCGUACUAAAGGGCUAUGUUUUUAUUGUGGUGAAAGGUACCGACGGAGACACAAAUGUGAUAAACCACAACUGUUUUAGUCGAUCCUACGGACGAACCCAAUCUUCACCUUGAGGACAAGGUGAACUCAAGCGGGGUGGAAUGAUAUGGUCAACACGUCCACCGGAUAAUUCUCAGCAUUUGUUUAUUUCAAUUCAGCAUGUGUUGAUUUCCUUUUAAUGUUAGGAUCGUGGGUAGCAAAUAAAGGGUGAAUGGGAUGCCAUUUUCAUCCAUGUUCUAGUAGUGUUCCAGUAGUAGUUAUUUCUUUGUAAACCCUUUUUAAAGGGCUUUUUUCUGCAAUUUAUUGAAGCUGAGAAAUUAAGUCUAAAUUCCCUCUCGUUUUCUUUCAA